GUGUUUGUAGAAAUCGUGUAUCCUGAUACUCCGUGGCGCCUGGUUGCUGCUUUGCGCCUGGCGAUUGCCGAGCGAUUCGUGUGAGGCGGGAAUCGCGAAGACGCGGUUGGGUUCGCCAGGUGAAAACCCGUCUCUUCCGCCCCCCCUUGUCAUGGACUGCAGUCGGGACAGGAUGGUCGCGGUGGUCCCCGGGCAGUUCGACGACGCGGAUUCCUCCGACAGAGGGUGUAUAAACAUGCCAGAACACUCUUAUGUCUAGUGAAAGCGUAGAAGUGAAGUCAAUUCAAGCAAAGGACGACAUCCUACUUAAAAACCUUCCGAAUGAUGUGACAGAGGUGAAGGACGAAGGUGAGAUCGAUGAGGAAGACAACUAUGAUUAUGACAGUGAUUGGUACUGGGAUGAUGGAACUGGAAAACUCACCAAGGGCUGUACCCAGAAUGGAGGCAGUAACCCUCAGGCAAAUCGACAGCCUUCUAACUACAAUUCAGCCAAAAUGUCUACUCCAAUUGACAAGUCCUUGAGAAAAUUUGAAAAUAAAAUCAAUCUAAAUAAACUGAAUGUUACUGAUUCUGUCAUAAACAAAGUCACCGUAAAAACUAGACAAAAAGAAGCAGACUCGUAUCGAGUUAAAGAUAAGGCCGACAGAGCAACUGUAGAACAGGUUUUGGAUCCCAGGACAAGGAUGAUUUUAUUCAAGAUGUUGGAUAAAGGAGACAUAGCAGAGAUCCAUGGCUGCAUCAGUACUGGAAAAGAAGCUAAUGUAUACUAUGCCAGCACAGCCAGUGGAGAGAGCAGAGCAAUCAAAAUAUACAAAACUUCUAUUUUGGUGUUCAAAGAUCGUGAUAAGUACGUAACCGGGGAAUUUAGGUUCCGUCGUGGCUACUGUAAAGGGAACCCUAGAAAAAUGGUGAAGACAUGGGCAGAAAAGGAAAUGAGGAAUUUAUCCAGGCUAAGUACAGCAAACAUACCAUGUCCAAAACCAAUCCGGCUAAAAAGUCAUGUUCUUCUCAUGGGCUUCAUUGGCAGAGAUGACAUGCCCGCACCACUUUUGAAAAAUGUCCAGUUGUCAGAAUCGAAGGCACGGGAGUUGUACCUGCAGGUCAUUCAGUACAUGAGGAAAAUGUAUCAGGAUGCUAGACUUGUCCAUGCAGAUCUCAGUGAAUUCAACAUGCUGUACCAUGGUGGAGAUGUGUACAUCAUUGAUGUUUCUCAGUCUGUGGAGCAUGAUCACCCACACGCACUGGAGUUCUUGAGAAAAGACUGUGCUAAUGUCAAUGAUUUCUUUUUCAAGCAUGCUGUUGCUGUGAUGACCGUUCGGGAGCUCUUCGAGUUUGUCACGGAUCCUUCCAUCACCCCUGAGAACAUGGAUGCUUAUCUCGAAAAGGCCAUGGAAAUAGCAUCCCAAAGGACCAAGGAAGAAAAGACUAGUCAGGAUCAUGUGGAUGAAGAGGUGUUCAAACAAGCAUACAUUCCCAGAACCUUGAAUGAAGUGAAAAAUUAUGAGAGAGAUGUGGAUAUAAUGAUGAGGUUGAAGGAAGAAGACAUGGCUUUGAAUACUCAACAAGAUAAUAUUCUAUACCAGACUGUCACGGGAUUGAAAAAAGAUUUGUCAGGUGUCCAGAAGGUCCCUGCACUCCUAGAACGUGAAGUUAAGGAAAAGACUUGUUUGGAUUCAGAAGAGGCUGAAAGUUCCGAGUGCUCUGACACAGACUCUGAAGAGCAGGGAGAGAAUGCCCAGUGCAAAAGACACACUGCUGACCCUGACCUUGAUAAAAAGGAAAGAAAAAAGAUGGUCAAGGAAGCCCAGAGAGAGAAGAGGAAAAAUAAAAUCCCUAAACAUGUGAAAAAAAGAAAGGAAAAAACAGCCAAGGCCAAAAAAGGCAAAUAGAAUGCAGAACCAUGUUGUGGACGUCCGUCCUCAGCUCCUUUGUGAACCUCAAGUAGAAGUUGUCGCUACGAGGAUGGCUGCUUGACUACAUCUUAGUCUUCUCCAUCUCACUGUUGGGGAAGACUGGGUGUGGUCAUGGACUGCCUUGAAAGCCCAAAGCCAGUAAUACCGGGAUCCAGUCACUGCCCUGCUUUUAAUGGAUUUAUUAAAGUACUAUUUUAAUGAAGAACUUGGUACAUUUUAUUUUUAUAUAUUUUCUUCCACAAACUUUUUCAGAAGUAUCAUAAAUAUUUAAAUGUGAUGAACAUCCACAGCCUUUAUAAAGGUGAUCAUAAAGGCACUCGGACAGACUUGGGAAUUGGUUUUCUUUGUACAUGCCAAAGACACAUCUGAAAUCAACUGAUUAUCAAGCUGUGGCUUAUAGCCUGGAGUUCCAUCUGGCCGUGGUGUUGCCAUUCAUGGCAGCUCUGUUCUUGUGUGUUCUUGUGCUUGUUUGUCAUGUGAUCCCUCUUGUCUUUAGAAUGCCUUUCCAGCUAGACCUCUCAGUUCAGAAGCCAUUUCACAUCCGGCCAUUUGUCAUGUUCAAACAUUUAGGUAUUUUAGGUACUGGGAUAUAGCAGUGAACAAAACAAAAUUACUUUUGAAUAGUUUGCAUUCUCAUAGGGAAAUGAAACAUUAAACAAAAUAAAUAGCAUUCUUCCCUUAGGUUACAAAUUAUAUAGAGAAAUAAUGCUGAGUAAAGAGAAUGCCUGGGGAGACACAGGCCACACAGUGAGAUACCUGACAAAAUGCUGGAAGCUGAGUCGCACUGAGCUUCCAGCCUGGGCUACUUAAAGAUGCAGACAACAAAGCCAAGUCAGUACAUCUGAAGGAAGAGUACUCCAAGCGAUGCGAACAGCCAUGGGAAGGGCCCUGAAGCGAAAGAAUGUCUGCAGUGAUCAGAAGCGGCUGCAGCAUCAGAAUCAAAGGGGAAGUCAUGAGAUCUGAUGGUGUACUGCUCAUGGAGUUUUUAGCAGAGGAGUGACAGGGUCAUGCUUGUGUUUUGAAAGCUUCGCUCUGGCAGCUGGAGAAUUGAGGCAGAGAUGGAAGAUGAUUGGCUGUGCUUGUUGUCAGCCCAGGUGAAAGAUGCUGGGAGCUUGGUUAGGAUGCUAGAAGUGGAGUUAGAGCCUAGAUGUCCCCCAAAGGCCAUAUGUUAAAAGCUUGGUCCCAAGUUGGUAGCGAUAGUGCUGAGUAAGGGUAGAACUAGGGAGGGGGCUCAGGUCAUUGGGGGUGUUCUUGCUGGAAUAUUGGAUCCUGGUGCUUUCCUCUGCUUCCUGGCCACAGUAAUACAAGCAGCUUUCCUUCACCACUGCCGUAAUGUACUGUCUCAGCACAGGCGUCACAAGCCAGAAUGAAUGUUUGUUUCUUUGCUCUCUUUCCUCCUUUACCACCCAUCUUUAGCUCAGGUACAUGCACUAUAGGUACUCACUGCCAUUGUUACCACUGUUUCUAUCUGGCAUUUUACACAGUCACAAGAAACCUAACACAUACCCUUUGUGUUAUGAAAUCCAGACUCCACUUAUGGACAGAGCUAGGGAACUUGUAUAUUCAAAAAUGCAGAUAGCACUUUCAGUUUUACCCAGAUCUUCACUUUUAAAACAGUGUUGACCAGUCAUGGUGACACACUAUUUUAGUCUCAACACUGGGGAGGCAGAGGCAGGUGUGUUCAAGGCCAGCCAGGGCUAUGUAGUCACAGACUCAGUGUGGUUUGUCUUAUCCAUUUGGUUUGGUACUAUCUUCUAUGUCCCUGUGCUCCUGCAGACUUUCAUCAUCAUUCUUCCUUUGUUAUUUUUCUGUAACUACCAAUGACCAAGUACCUUGCAUAUUGAAUUUACUUACACAUAUAACCCCAGACCAGAAUAUAACCUCACAAGGGUAGGGAUUUGUCUUUGUUGUUUUGUAUCCCAGCACCUAUCAUGUGCUGAGACAUAGUCAACUCAGUAGAUGUUUAAUUGAUGAUGUUCUGUCAACUAAGCAAAGGCACGGAUAUCACACAUGCCUCUUAUUCAUAAAGAUGGAAAUUAGGAAUUGAUGUGGUCAGCAUGCACCCCUCAAGCUUGCCAUAAGGCCAUUUGGCUACCAUGGAAAGUGCUCAACCUAAAAGGUUAGUUCUCUUAAUCCAUGUACAUAUGUAGACGGGAGUGGGGCAGCCCAGUCCAUAUUCUGAUGCCUUGGCAUGGAACAAUGUUGAGGCUUUAUGAAGGGUGGGGUGCCAACUCUAGCCUUAAGGUCCCUUCCUUGUUCUGAUAACCUGCUAUGACACUGGGAAGUCACUUCCCUUUGGAAAAGAAGUCCUCGUGUGUAAAUUGUGGUAUUUGGACCAAAUGAUCACAAAAACAUCAUCUAAAAUUCAUUUACUUGCAGUGUCUCAUGUAGCCCAGGCUGGCUUCAGACUCCCUGUGUAAUCUGAUCCUUACGCUUUUGUUUCUUUCCCAAGUGCUAGGAGUGUAAGUGUGACACCACACCGUUUGCCACUCUAGAGGCUAUGAGACCUGGGAGAAUGGAGCCAAUAAAUGAGGUGGACUAAAGUCUCAUGCGGUAGCCAACUUUACACUCUGAGGGGUAAGAGGAGUCAUGUGAGUAGUUUCUACAGAGGUGGAGAAACAAGUAACAAUAGCCAGCUGUGACAAUCUGAAGCACACUCUUCUAUUCACUACACCUGGGAGGGACACCCAAAAGCACAAUACAAGAACAAUUCCAUGUUUUGAAGAAACUGAGGUCACAAGACUCUUGUCUCGUUUCUUGGAGUUUUUUUCACAAGCACUCAGAAAUCUCAAAUGACUCCAUUCUUGGACCAUGUUCUGACAUCCUGUUAUAUACAGUGCUGGGAUUAAACCCCAGACUUCCCACAGGCUGUGCAUACACUAGAUAAACUGAGACCAUCCCUGACCUAAAAUUGUUUUAAAAUUUAUCAGAUUGGUGUAAUGAAUUUGUUCCUGAGACAGUCUCACUGUGUUGUCCUGACUGGCCUUGAACUCAAAGACCAGAUCAGUGUUUUUGAAAAGACUGUUUUAAACACCAAAGGGCCAAGUUGGAACCACUUCUUGUUUAUUAGAACUAAAAUAAAGGGGUUUAAAGUGCAGGCCAGCACAUAAGUCAGGUUUGCUAUUACAUGAAUCACUAGGCAGCCUUUAGCAUGCUGUUUUGCCGUGGAAUACUGUUAAUUGUCCUCGAAGUCAUUUUGUUCCACUAGAGGGAGACAUGUUCUUGAGUUCUGAUGUUUUACCGGCAUGAUUGGCAGCAGAUGUGCUAAGUGGGAGAGCUGUACUACAUACACAGAGGGCGCCCAAGUUCAUAGCCAAGUUCAUCUCUUUUCCCUACAGACUAACUGGCCUGAUAAUGGCACAUUUGGUGCUUGGAGCCCCUGACAAACUUGCUCCUCAGUAUAUACUUUGCAGAAGUCGUAGCUAACCAAAAAUUAAGUCAAGUGUGAUAGAGCAUACCUCAAUCUCAGCACUUAGGGGACAGAGGCAGGGCAUGUUGGUGGUUAGCCAAGAUCAGACCUUGUCUCAAAACCACAACAACAGAAGUGGGUUUUUCCCUUGGAAAUGAUGCACAUCCAGUAAGAUGUUUACAGAAACACACCCCUGAAGGGCCGGAGACUGACGGUGUAGCGUGCUGUUCACUUGCUGAUACUUCAUCUUGCUGGACCUUGGUUUCCUUUCUCAGCUAUCCAAUCAAGACUGAAUAGAGAACGGCUUAGGGGCCGCACUGUUCGGGGGGCCACACUGUUCUGGGGCCGCGCUGUUCGGGGGCCGCGUUGUUGGGGGGCCGCGCUGUUCAGGGGCUGCAGAGCACUGAGAGCGUAGCUGUGGAGAAGACACUUAGAAGACAGUGAAGUAACAGUAACUUGUUAGUUGAGUACGUGUCAAAAUGUUAUUUCCCGUGUGCUGGGCUGGUUCGUCUCUAUUAACAUUGAAAUUCCGUAUGUGGUGCUGGAGGGCUCGGUGGACAAGACUCUGCUUGGCAAACCUGACAACCUAGUUUAAUCCCUGGAUCCCACACUGGAAGGGAAGAACUGACUCCCAAAAGUUGCUCUCUGACCUCUGCACGUGUGCUAUGGCACAUGCCUGUUCCUCCCCCCCCAUACUAUCUAUAAUCUACUGUGUGUGUGUGUGUGUGUGUGUGUGUGUGUGUGUGUGUGUGUGUGUGUGUGUGUGUGUAUAGUAAUAAAGUAAAUUCUGUAUGUGGGGAUUUUGUAUGUACAUGAAUAGGAAGAAAUGGGAUUUUUCCUCAAUCUGUAUAAACCAAUUCUCUAUACUUUUCAAUUUUCCUUAUUAAGGAAUCUUAAUUACUAAAGAAUAAAGGUAGCAAAAUGGUUCA